AUGAGUGAUGCGACAACUUCCCUGCUCACAGAGCACUUCAGCUACACGCCUUUGUCUCUCAUAGAUGACAUUAUCAACUCCAUCAACAACCUAAUCUACCAGGCCAUCUCCAGUCUCGAGACCGGUCUUCUGUCGACCCCUCCGGAGCGACUGGGAUUCGGGCAUGCGAAUAAUGGCUCGACCAUACCCGACACCGACGACGAUGGAAAUGUGAUAUACCCGGAGGCGCAGCUGGAGAUUGAGAAUGGGCUGCAUCAACUAGAAACGCUCCUUGAAGCGACUGUCGAUAAGACGUUCGAUAAGUUCGAGCUGUUCGUGCUGCGAAACACGUUCAAGAUCCCGGAUGAUCUGAUGGGCUGGAUUCGACUGAAACAUUAUGAGAAUCUCAACCUUAACCCUCCUGCCGAUGUCCCCACCCAAGAAACGAUCUCCGCCCAGCGAAAGAAACUGCACGAAACCAAGAAGUUGAAUCGGGCGCUGAAGCAGGAGAGUGCGCGCAAUGAGGCGAUCAUUGCACAGCUACGCUCCAUCCGACAGACGGCACAGGAGGCCGAUGCUGAGAAGGCCGCGAAAGGGGAGGGCAAUUUCGUGGCCAGCGGACAAAAGGACUUGGAUUUGUCGUUCUUGACUUCCAGUCUAGCUGCCCAGCAGCUGCGGGUCGGCGUUGCUACCGGAUCGAAUACCCAACACACGCCAAUCACGACUAAUACCACGUUCAUUCUUUCCCAGCUUCCAGCUCUCCAAGCGCUGCUUAAGGAACUCCGACCCAAGCUGGCUAGUCUACCACAGUUCGGAGAUAAAAUGGAAACCGAAUCCAAAGCGGACGAGAGACGAGAGUACAUUGAGAGCAGAGUCAGGCUGCACCUCGAGCGGGCCGGCCAAUUGGCAGUCGGCAGCGACGGUAAUACCGUUGUUGCCGGGCGCAAGAUCGACAUUACGGAAGCCGAAGCCCUCGAGGCUGUUACAGGAUUGCUUACGCAGGGACACGAGAAGUCGGUUUAG